AUGGCUUCUCGUCAAUCAGCAGCACUGUGUGUCGGGACCAGUCAAAGGAGCCUGCUCGUGGCUCUUUCAAGCUCGGAGAAGACAGAUGCUUCAUUAAAGUCAAUCACCCAGGGACCACCGACACGCCUAACACGCCUAAUCGAAUCAAACCAGUGCACACCACAUGUAUCCAAAUUGAAUGUGGAUGGAUUAAUUCCCCUCAAACACAACACAGACGUGGAAGAAGAGUAUGAUGACGAUGAUCCUGAGGGAUUCGAAGAAAUAUUGUGUCAAAUCUCAAUUAGACUAGAUCGUACAGUGGAUAGCAACAAACUUCCCUUUGUUCUGCAGUGCUAUGCCCAAUGGAUCUCCCAGUCGGUCUUUGAGCCGCUCAAGAUAGCAUACACAACUAAAGACACGAUAAGCCAGCAAUUUUCCCUAUCUCAAGCUUCACGCUCCAGGCUGCUCAUGAUCUCUCAGAUAAUGAGAAAGCUGGCGAAACACCGGGCCUUGGACGAAGAAGGAAAUAUGCUACUCGAACUACUGCGGUGUGAAAUCUGGCAAAAUGUUGCCGCUUUUUGCAGCAGACAAUGGGCUGAGAAUGAAGAGCGAGAGCAUGCGAUUUUGGCACUGAACAAUACUUUUGAGUUGAUGAACAUGCAGGCGGCUUCAGCGCCUCUCUCCGACCUACUUCGUCUAAUUCAGUUGGCCGCCCCAGUAUUUCUAAAGGCCUGUCCUUCACCCUAUCCUCCUCAUAUGUCCGAACUUCUGCUCGAAGUGAAUGUCAACCUCAGGCAUUUUGUGGUAGCGGACGUGGCUAGCAGUAUUACAACUGGUAGACCACUGCAGUGCAGGUACCAUGUUCCAUGGUCUCUCGAGUAUUGCGAUGAAUUUAUUAGGAAGAGAGAAGACCGAGGCUCCCAAUGGCUGCUUGGAAUCCCGGAUCAGUUUCUUUUGCUUCUUGCAUACAUGAACAACCUCAGAGAAGAUGCCAUAGCUGCAAAUGCAAUGAUAGAUCCCACUAUGAUUGAGCGGAUCGGGGAGGACAUCAGGGUUAUCAACGUUAUGCCAUGCGAAAGUAAGGAACCAACGCUUGCCAUUGUGAGGACAGUUGUGCAGGAAUGCUGGCGUCAGGCAAUCUUUAUUUACUUGUACAUGGCAUUGGGAAGAGCACACGCACUCGACUCCCAAGUAAAAAAAGCUCAUAGAUCUUUCAUGAAGCUUGUGAAUGGGACCAAAUCCGGGCGUAACCCAGACGCGCUUUUGACCAUUCCUAUGAUAAUUGCAGGAGUAGCAGCAACUAAAUCCACCCAUCGGCAUACUAUAAUUUCCCGUGUACUAUCUAAGUCUGGACUCGAACAGCAAAUGAAGGCAGGGCAGCUCGAUGGGACGAUCUACGAGAAGCGUGUUGGCGAAUUACAGGAGUUUAACUGA